AUACACAUUAACAAAGGAAAAUAGUGUACCAAUAGAAUACCGUGCUCUAUUGAGAAGGCAUCUGAUUUAUAAAGCUAGGUAGAUAUAUUCAGCGUCAAGUGUCAACUAUAUUAUGGCAAGCCUUCUCAUGAUUCCUUGCCAGCAUCUAUUGCUAAAGAAGUUGCAAAGGCAUUGUCAUAGAAAGGCAGCAUCAAACUCCAUUAGGAGUGAGAAAACUUCCUCAUUCAGUUUCAGAAGCAAUGCCAAUGUUCCUUUUCAUGAAUUGCCUGGGGCUUCCUUUGAUCAAUACAUGGAUGACAAGCACAGAGUGCUAAGAGCUGUGUUUUCUGAUGACAAAGGAACAACUAAACAGCUCAAUGAGGAAGAGUGGAGGAUCAAAAUGCCUCCCAUACAAUGCUUAUUUUUGAGUGUCAAUCCAACAGCAGAUGUCAGGUUAACAUUCAGGUCUAAUGGAGAAGAUUAUCCACCUGAAAUUCCUCAUCAUGUCCCCAAAGUUCUUGAGCUUCACUUUAUAAGGUGGGAGCUACAGGGCCUGAAUAGCUUCUACAAGGAUCCUUACCAAAUCAGCAUAGAUGUUAGAGGUUCUUUAUACCCAGAAAGGAAGGGAAAACAUAGUUGGCUCAAGAAUCAAAUGGUGAUGACGAUAACCUUUUGUGCUUCUCCAGCAAUAGCUUUCAUUCCUGAAAAUGUCUUACAAGAUGCCAUAGAGCUGAUUUUCAAAACAGUGUGGGAUGAAAUGAAGCAUGAAUUCCAUGGUAGACUAUUGGAAGAUUAUAACAGGUUCAAGAGAAACAAAUCCAAGAAGAACUCUGUAUAAACUUGGUGUUCCAUUGUAAUUGUUAACAACUUGUUGAUAGCAACAACAUAUCAAUUAUGAUUAAUUGUCAUGAUUCUUUGAAAAGGAAAAUAUGAUCUUUUUUUAUUAAUAAAUGUUAGGUGUUGGUUUUCAGUUU